AUGACUAUCUCUGCAGACAUGCGCGUCGACUUCUUGGUAGUAGGCGCAGGGCCUACAGGAUUGGGAGCAGCAACUCGGCUGAAUCAGCAUGGUGUAGAAUCGUGGGCACUUGUGGAAGCAGGAUCUGCGGCAGGUGGUUUGGCGUGUACGGACGAGACUGCAGAGAAGUUCCUCUUUGACAUGGGUGGUCAUGUUAUAUUCAGCCAUUACGACUAUUUCGACGAGCUACUCGAUGCGGCAGUAGGAUCUGGCCCCGAGUACUGGAACGUUCAUCAGCGAGUCAGCUAUGUAUGGAUAAGAGAAAGGUGGGUGCCAUACCCCUUCCAGAACAAUCUCUACUGUCUACCCCUGGAGGACAAGAUUGAGUGCAUCAAUGGCGUUAUCGAAGCGACUAAGUUGUCCGCAUCGUCACAGCGAGAAAAGCCGACUACCUUUGAUGAGUGGAUACUCCGCGUGAUGGGUGAUGGAAUUGCCAACCUCUUCAUGCGGCCGUACAACUUCAAAGUAUGGGCUUAUCCUACCACGGAGAUGCAGUGCGACUGGCUUGGCGAACGUGUUGCGACAGUUGAUGCCAAAAAAGUGAUUGAGAAUGUCCUCCGCGAUGAACCUGCUGCUGGUUGGGGGCCAAACGCUGUUUUCCGAUUUCCCAAACGCGGUGGUACUGGGGGUAUUUGGAAAGGAGUUGCUGCAUUAUUGCCGCAGGAGCGGAUACAUUACGGAAAGGAGAUGAAGCAGAUCGAUUUGGACAAUCGAAUAGCGACUUUUCAUGAUGGUUCGACCAUUCGGUACGGGAAGUUGCUCAGCACGGUUCCACUAGACCUCACUCUAUCGAUGCUGACAGGCGAGAGUUUUGGGAAUUCUUUGAAGCUUGGGAGUCGGCUUGAAUACUCAAGCACUCAUGUGAUUGGUCUUGGAAUUCGCGGUAUCAACCCGCAUGAUCUUAAGUGCUGGUUGUACUUUCCCGAGAGCAACUGCCCUUUCUAUCGAGCUACCGUCUUUUCUCUUUACGCCGAAGCGAAUGUGAGCUCAUCAAGGCAGAGCUUUCGCACAGCUCAGGGGAUUGCUAAGCCUGGCCCGUAUUGGUCGCUGAUGCUCGAGGUCUCCGAAUCCGCCCAGCACAAGGUGGUGAAUAUUGACAGUAUUGUCGAGGAGACCAUACAGGGUUGUAUUAGCACGACAUUGCUCAAACCAGAGGACGAGAUCGUAUCGGUUUAUCAUCGGAGGUUGGCGAGAGGGUAUCCCACUCCACAUCUUGAACGGGAUGGCGUGCUUCGAGAAGUGCUGCCUUCUCUCCAGCAGAAGGGUGUCUGGAGUAGAGGACGCUUUGGUAGUUGGAUGUACGAAAUAGCCAACCAAGAUCACAGCUGCAUGCUGGGUGUUGAAGCAGUAGACAACAUGCUAUUUGGCACCGAGGAGCUCACUUUCAAGCAUCCCUCACUGGUGAAUGGGAGCCGUAAUCAGUCGUUACAUUAUCGCAAAACCGAUAAGAACGUUAGAAUGAGGUCUCCGGUGACAGUGUUUCGUAAGAGUGUCCCUGAGAGGAAGCCCUACAAUUCAACCUGA